AUGCUGUCGUCUUCGAAGAACAGGUUCUCGCGCCUUACCACGUUCAUUUAUAUCUCUUGCGCCCUCGCUUUCUUCUUCCUCACCCUGCACAGCCUUCGCAGAACCUAUCUCGUGGAUCCUUCUUCAGCUUUGGGGCAGUUCCGUGCACAAAAGCCUCCGCAAACAAUACCUGAGAAGAUAUGGUACAAGCUGGGCCCAAAGGGCAUGACCGAGGAGGUCGCCACCUGGAUGCAGACAUGCAUCGAGAAGAACCCGAGUUACGAGGCCCAUUUCCUGACCGAUGACCCCGGCGAUGCGUACGUCCGGGAGACGUUCGCCCACAGUCCGGACAUCGUGGAGAUCUACCUUGGCCUCUCGGUGCCCAUACUCAAGGCCGACCUGCUGCGGUAUCUCCUACUCUAUGCCGAUGGGGGCGUGUGGUUCGACCUCGACGUGUCGUGCGAGGGCACACCCAUAGCGAAUUGGGUACCCGAGCUAUAUCGACAGAAGGCCGGGCUGGUUGUGGGGUGGGAGUUCGACGUAGGCUGGGGCAAGGACGGCGAGUUCCAGCACCAGUUCGCAAGCUGGACUAUCAUGGCCAGGCCGCAUUCGCCUCAUAUGAUGGUGGUCAUUCAGGACAUCUUGCAAGGAGUCCGAGACAAGAUGGCGGAGCACCAGCUCGGCAGUAUCCCGGACCUCGAGCUCUCCAUGGUUGGAGACGUCGUCGACUUCACGGGUCCCAGGAGAUUCACUCGGGGCGUCAUGAAGAGCCUCGAGCGGCAUCAGUGGGCGCUGAACGGGGCGGUCGACCACGACGGCCUCUACCAGAUCUUGGAACCGAGGACGGUUGGUGACGUCCUCGUUCUUCCCGGCUAUUCGUUCGCUUUGUCGAUGAAUAAGUACGAAGAGAUUAGCGAGAAAGGCGAGCCGGGCCCGCCGCUGGUCACACACCACUAUGCUGGCACAUGGAAGAACGAUCGCGGUGGAGAGUAA